GGAAUCUCGGUGAACCCCAGUCUUCGCCGUGUCCCGAGCCUGCAGCCAUGGCCGCCUACCAGCUAGUGCUGAUCCGCCACGGCGAGAGCGCCUGGAACCUGGAGAACCGCUUCAGCGGCUGGUACGACGACGCCGACCUGAGCCCGGCGGGGCACGAGGAGGCGAAGCGCGGCGGGCAGGCGCUGCGAGAUGCGGGCUACGAGUUUGACAUCUGCUUCACCUCCGUGCAGAAGAGAGCCAUCCGGACCCUCUGGACGGUGCUGGAUGCCAUCGACCAGAUGUGGCUGCCCGUAGUGAGGACCUGGCGCCUCAACGAGCGGCACUAUGGGGGGCUGACUGGCCUCAAUAAGGCAGAAACCGCCGCCAAGCACGGCGAGGCCCAGGUCAAGAUCUGGAGGCGUUCCUAUGACAUCCCACCGCCGCCCAUGGAGUCGGACCACCCCUUCUACAGCAACAUCA